AUGUCAGCAAAAUUAAUAGUUCAUAAAUUUGGAACAGAGGAUAAUUUUCAGACAUUACGAAUAAAUAUUGAAGAAAAUGAUAAAGCUAUGUUUGGUACAUGGUAUAACGGCUCGGAAGAACUUAAAAGGAAAGAGAAAGAAAAGCCACGUUUAAUCGUGAAAGUUGUUUCCGAAGAGAAUACAAGUAACAUAGAUCUAGAUUCAUGUGCAAAGAAUCAAGUUCCCGGAAAACUUAACAUUGACAUAAAAUCUGAAAUAUCAAAAAUGAAUUCUAGAACAAUAGAAACAAAGGAAAAGAAUGUGCAAAAAAGUGAUACAGAAACAUUUGAUAUCAAUAAUCGAGAUUGCCUAAUAAAUCCGCUUGAAUAUAGUUUAGAGAAAGUAAAAGAAAACAACGCUCGAAUAAUGGAAAAUAUACACAUGCUUAAUAGAGCUUUAAAUUACACAAAAAAGAAAGAGAUAUUGGGCGUAAUUAAUCCAAAACUAUUGCGCUCAUAUCCUUGUGACGAAUGUGGUAAAUGUUUCGUGUAUGAAACUGGUCUUCGUCGACAUCAUUCCAUAAGACAUACCAGUUUAGAUAAUCAACAACGUUGGCAGUUUGUCUGGACUUGCACUGAGUGUUUUCAGGUGUGGCCACGACAAGACCUCGCCUUAAAACACGCGAGUCAAUGUUGUAAAUCAGAUGACACAGAACAUGUCAGAGAAAUAAAGGCUUCUUCAUUAUUACAAUGCGAAUUCUGUGAGAAAGUUUUUACGAAUAUACCUAGGCUACUUAGACAUUUAAAGAUGCACAAUGUUAUAAAGAAUUACGAGUGUAACGCUUGUAAUUUAGCAUUCUCAUGUUACAAGACAGCAGAACAACAUUGGCUUUCAUGUUUAUGGUUGAAAAUAUAUUAUCAGUUUUCUUUACCAAAACUACUUCUUUGUAAUGCUUGUGAUAGAAAAUUUAGAAAUUAUGACCAGUUAUACAAUCAUAGGUACAAAGUCAGUCACUUUAUACCAAAAACAUCUGUGAAUGAGGACAACUGUGUAUUUAUAACUACACUAGUCUUUCAAUGUGAAAUAUGUGGACAGUGGUUUAAUGCUAUAUCUCAAAUACAAGAUCACAGAAAUAAGUACCAUCCUCAUUUCAAUGGCGGAUAUCUAUACAAUACUGAUUACCCAGUAACAGCAGAGGCUUGAAGAUGGAAAUAAAUGUUGUUAUUAUUAUCUUAUAAUAAAAUUUUAUUAAUAA